AUCGGUCUACCGAUCGGUAUCCGAGUGUUUGGUCUCCACCGACGCCUCCAACUGUCCCACUAUCGGGUCCUCGUUCUGGUCCUCACGUUCUUCUCCUAUACGGCAUACCAUCUCUCGCGACGACCGCUGAGUGUCGUGAAGAAUGUGUUGAGCCGUAACUGUUCCCAAAUGGUGAUCCCGCCGGACGUGAUCCUCACCAACACUACGCAAAACAAUUGGUGCGAUUGGCAGCCAUUCAACGGAACCGAUGCCAACACACUAUUAGGUCUUCUGGACUCGAGUUUCCUCUUCUCUUACGCCAUAUUUAUGUUUUUCUCGGGAUUUGUGGCCGAAAGAUGUCAUUUACGAUAUUUCCUAUCACUGGGAAUGUUAUUGAGUGGACUCUUCACGUGCUCUUCAGACAACGGGUUGGCCGGCAGUGGUCUCAUCGGUGGGCAA